ACAUCCCGUUACUCACGUUCAUCAACACAGCUCAGCGCGUGUGUGUUGCUCAGCCCUAUAGGAGCUUUCUUCUACACAUUGUGUUUAAUGUGGGAGAUUAAGUGUAGUUUGUACUAAAAUGUAAACACUGAUUGAAUCUUUUGGUUAGGAAGACGUGAGCACAUUACAGUGUGUGGAGUUUGUACGAAGACGCUCCUGACACACAUGGCCAAGCCUGCUAACAUGAACUAUUCCAUUGCUCAAGGAACUCACCCCAAACCAAAAGUGACAUUCAUUGUCCCCAGAGAAUGUUUGCCCGGCACGUUCUAUCUGCACGCGGAGAAAGAACUGGAACAGCCUGGCUACGAACGAUUUGUGUGCCUCUUUAAACAUGGAGACGACAUCAAAGCGAAGAGUACCUCGGAGCCAUUUCCUGCAGGACUUCACAGAAUAGGCAAGUACAAGACUGACAAGUCGGAGUGUAAGGCCAAGUUUAAGACCAAGGAUGUCCAAGCAUUACUGUCUCUGUUCCCUCUGGAUUAGCUGACCUUUGACUGACCAGCUGCAAGCUGUACAAUAUUUAUUGACAAAAAUUAUCACAAACGCCUCAGUUUUUAGAUUACACAUUUUUGUUUAGCGAACGCCGAGUUUUUUCUUUUUACAAAGCUUCUAUCAGCUCACUCUGUCUGUCUGUCUGUCUGUCUGGUAAAAAAGUUUGUAUAGGUUAUGUCUCCCACACACAUAUUUUGCACAAUUAUUUCUUUUACAUGACAACACAAGAAUCAAUAAGAAAAAAUAAACAAUUUGUUAAUUAACUAUUGGUAAUAGAUUAUUUUGUUUGGUAUUUCGAACAAGGGAAAAAAAUUGUCAUUGACUGAGGUUGUCCUUUUUAUAGGUCGUCGUCUGAGUCUUAGUGAACACAAACGUGAAAAAUAGGACGAGACUUUGGAAACAGUACAUAACCAGACAAUCAUCCAUGUUCAGGGUCGGAUUGGUUAUAUUGGCACUCGGCAAAUGCUCCGUGGGUCGGUACCUAAAUGCAGGGCCGAUCCUAACAAUUGUGGGGCCCUAUGCUAAACUGAUUGCGCGGGGCCUAGUCUGUGUGGUAAUAAGGAAAAUAAGUGAAAAUUAAGAGUUUGAAUUGGAAAACAAAUUCGACUUUGCAUUUUAUUCAUUCUUUACUAAGUACAAAAUUGCGAUCAAAUUAACUUUACUUUACAAACCUUGCAACCUAUGGCAUAUUUAUAUGCCAGUGACUAUAAAAGUAAAUAAGGUAUUGAAACUUUCGGUUUAGGUGAAAACUCAUCCGAUUAUUACAUUUUAUUACAUGAAAGCUGACAAUGACUUUUUUAUCGCACGUAUGAUUGGCGUUUUCCGAAAUAAAUGAUACACACAAAUGACAAUUUUGUCAAUUUUUCUGGAGAUUUUUAUGAGUUUUCAGGAGAUUUUAAUAAAUGCAGGACAUUUCCAGGAAUGUUUCGUACAUAUUUUGCAAUUUAAUAAUUACACAUAGAAAUAGCGCGAGGCCUAUGAAAGCGCGAGGCCCACUUCGACUGCAUAGGUCGGAGUGGCCUAAGACCGGCCCUGCCUCAAUGGGCCGGUACCCAAAUGGGCCAAUAGGGCCAGCGAAAGGAUCCCUAUGACACGCAUGAUAUUGUUGUUUAACGUUCUCUUAUAAAAGUGACUCUUUGAGCGUCGUGUUUAAAAAAAAAACAACUUUUACAGACUCAACAGUGUCAUACUAAUUUAAUCUUAACACAUUUUCCGAAUUAAUGUAUACAGGGCUACCUGUAGGAUUCAUUAACCCAUUUUUGUUUAUCCUUUAGGUAAAUUCUUCCCAUUCAUAGGUUGUCCAGUGAUCCACUACAGGUCAGCUUGACGUUUAUGUUGACGUUUGAAACAAAGUUGGAAUGUUGUGUUUUUGUUCAACAAAAACAAAUUAUAUACUUUUAUUGUCACCUUUGCCGCCAGUUUGGGUUUAUAAAUAUCAUUGUGAAUUAUUUGUUAUAAUAUCAUUUUAUUUGUGAGUUCGGUAAUAUGAUUAAAUUAUAAAUCAUAAUGCUCAUAAUUUUUUUGUGAUCAUUUGUGUUGUUUUUAGUAAGUUAUAAAUACAUUUAAUAAUUAACAAAUUAAAUUAACAUAAUUAAAUCGUGACUUCUAUCAGAAGAAUUAAUGAUUGUUUAUAUAAUUGGGUACUCUGAUUUCAAUGAUUAGUUGUUUAAUCUUUCUAUGUUUAAAGAUUGUGGACUCUAUAAUCAGUUGUUUCAUAUUUAUAUAAUCACAGAAUGUAAAUGUUAUGAUCAAUUGAACGUUCAAUGUCUAUUUGUUUAUCUUUCCGUGAGUAAACUUGUGAAAUCUGAAGAAUAAUAUUAAAAUAUUUUUAUUUGUAUGAAUGUUAAAAUUGUACAUAAGUUUUAACACACUUUCCAAAUUAAUAGUUAUAAUAUAAAGGGGGUGGGGGGUGGGAAAGAAUUUAAACACAUUUAUUUAACGCCUGAUAACAAACGAAAGUAGUUAUGGUCCUUGAGUCAAACUUGAAAGUUAUGGUUCUUGAAUCAUGGAUCAUUAUUUGUUUGUGUACAUGCAAGACAGAAAUAUUUGAAGCAGAGUCCACAAGUGACGUUCUAAGGUCAUACUAUUUUAAUGAUGCCAGGAAACAACAUAAUCAACUGAUGGAAAGCAUGUAAACUUGGCCCAUCUUUAAAACCAAAUGCCAAUAUGUGUUAUACAUUUUAGAUUUUCCUAUACAAUAAAAGAUUAUUACACCCUAGCCCAGGGGUGGGCAACCUUUUUGGAUCGAGGGCCGCAUUUCUUUAAAUUUGGGAAUGGCGGGCCGCAUAUGUAUAUACAACUUAGAAAGAUACUCUAGCUAACUGUGUAGAAUGGCUUUAAAUUCAUAAUUACACUAUAUUAUAUUCACGUUUCUUUUUUUCCACACUCCACGUUAAGGAAUUACAAGAAAAGUUAGCAAUUUUUGAAAUAAAUUAUUUUUUUUU